CCUCCGCGCGGUCGUUUGGCCCUUUCCCACCUCGCUCUCCUCAGGCCCCCUCGCCAUCCUUCAACUCCGAUAUGGUGAUCUGAGCAGAACCACCACCCCGCACAUCAGGACUUUUGCUCUUCACCGCGGUCAACACAAGAUUAUCGACAUCUUCCACGGACGACAAAAUGACCAAGCGAACUAAGAAGGUCGGUAUCACCGGAAAGUACGGAACCCGUUAUGGUGCUUCGUUGAGGAAGACCGUCAAGAAGAUGGAAAUCACUCAGCACUCCAAGUACCCUUGCCCCGCCUGUGGAAAGACUGCCGUCAAGAGGACCAACGUCGGAAUCUGGGAGUGCAAGAUCAGGGGAUGCCAGAAGAAGUACGCUGGUGGAGCUUACGUUUUGGGAACUCCUUCGGCUGCCACCGUCAGGUCGACCAUCCGUCGUCUUCGUGAGGUCGUCGAGGCUUAGAAAUCCCUCGGAUCACACAAUCAGCCAGCGUCGUUUUUUCUUUUCUCCAGACGCGAUUGUAGCUUUUAUGCAGUGCGCAAUAUGGUGAUAGCAUUCGCGUCGGGUA